CAAAAUGGAGGUCGUUGUGUUGACAUUUCUUGUUUUGCUCUAAAAAGGUCCAGCAAAACCCCAAUAAUUCUCGGAUUCUAGAUGGUGAAUAACUGGAACAUUUUGAAUACAGAUCAAUGACAUUGAACAAUUUGAAUACAGAUCUAUGACAUUGAUCAGGCAGUCAAGGACUUGUAAAUCUUGACACAGAAUUUGGCUGCACCAUUCAAGGCUGGUGCUGAGGAUUAACCAGGUGGUGCAGUCAAUGAUAUCAAGAUUUCAAAGUGAUAAGAUAGGAGAUUGUGACUGUUCUUCAUUGCGACCAGUCGUCUAAAUCAGCUAAACUAGCGCAGGAGAAGAACUCUCAAAAUGGAACCAGAAGGUGAAAAGUGGUCAUGCGAUUAUUGCACGUAUGAAAAUUGGCCGGCAUCGAAGAAAUGUGUGCUUUGUCAGGCGCCGAGGCCACCAAAGUUGAUUUCGCAGGCCGCCAUGGAUAGUGAUAAGGACAUCUAUAAGAUGGCGCCAUUGGUUAGUCCGGCAGCUUCUAGUAGUUCAUCCAGGGCGUCUCCAACGAGCGGCACGUCAUCUCCGACUGGGUGCUCGACGAGUUCUAGUGCGAUACCUUCGUGUAAUAGCUUUGAUCCGACUCGCAAGUGGUCAUGUUCGGUUUGUACAUACCUAAACUGGCCAAGGACACAGCGAUGUGUCCAAUGCAUGACGCCAAGAUUAAAGAUGUCGCCGAUGGCAUCGCCCUCUCAGGAGCGCCAGCUGUCUCCCUUGAGUGUGAAUGUGAACAUCGCUGAGGGGUCGCACAAAGCUUCGGCAAGAAAACCCUCGCCAACGUCACCAGAGUCGGCGAAGGAAAUUAACAAUGGGAAAAAUCGUAUUGUCGCCAGUAAACAGGGCAAAUGGACCUGUAAGUCUUGCACUUACGACAACUGGCCUAAAUCGCAAAAAUGUGUCAUAUGCGCAGCUUCUAAACCCAAACUGUUUGAAUUAGGUGCGACGGGAGGCCAUAGUCCUCAGAUCAUUUCACCGGAUGAUGAUAGGAACUCGAACAAACGUGGCAGCACACCUAAUUUAUCGUCGCCAAGUUCGGCUCACGCGGAAAGCAUUGAACAACUGGCAGGGGCGACAGCCUCACUAAAAGGCCAUGAAGAGAACAAUCGCGUCGGCGACAGAAAGUUAAAACAGAUACGUAAUCGAAUGCGUGAAUCUGAUUGGCUGUGGCUGAAUGCGUGUCAGGGCAUCGUGGACGGUGACGCUCGUCCUGUUGAGGCCUACCUGUCGUCGGAGGGUGAUACGAGCCGCCAACUCACUCAAGAGGAAGUGAUCGUCUUAAAUCGCCCGAGCGCAUUUGAACGCGGGUAUACGUUAGUUCAUAUCGCAGUGAGAUUUCAACGGGAGGAUAUAUUGGCGUUGUUGUUGACACAGACAGAGGCGCCAUGUAAAGCCGUCAAGCGAGUGCCAUCCCAUAUUAGUCCUGAUCUGGCGGCUGAAGUGCGGCGGGAUGUUGCCGCGUCGAUGAGGCAGCGAAAGGGAGACUUCCCGUGUUACUUCCUCACCGAGUGUGUCACGUUUGCACUGCCAGCAGAAAUAGAAGAUUUGCCACGACCUGUCCAGAAGCAAUUGUUUGAUGAGCUGUUGGAUGGAGAUGUACAGAAAGAACUUGAAGUGGAGGAGCCCAUCAUCAACUGGAGUCAUGAGUUGACAACGCGUCUCGGCAGUCGUCUUUAUUCACUGUGGAAUCGCACGGCCGGAGACUGUUUACUCGACUCGGUCUUCCAGGCCACGUGGGGCAUUUUCGACCGUGACAAUGCGCUGCGCCGAGCGCUCAGUGACAGUCUCAGCGAGGGCGUAAACAUGUUUUAUCCUCGAUGGAAAGAAUUUGAAUCUAUGCAGGCUCAAUCUCUGUAUUCACUUGAUGAGAGCCAGUGGCAGAAAGACUGGGCCAUCCUGCUCAGUCUUGCCAGCCAACCAGGUGCUUCACUUGAGCAGACGCAUAUCUUUGCGCUGGCUCACAUUCUGCGCCGGCCGAUCAUAGUCUAUGGAGUCAAAUUUGUGAAGAGUUUCAGAGGAGAGACUUUGGGGUAUGCACGAUUUCAAGGUGUCUAUUUGCCAUUACUCUGGGAGGCAAGCUUCUGUUACAAGUCUCCCAUCGCUCUUGGCUACACCAGGGGUCACUUCUCUGCCCUUGUUCCCAUGGAGACGGACAACGACCGGAACAUCGGGGCUAGCUCCAACAUCGAGAGCAGCAACGAUACACAGAUCACCUAUCUACCACUCAUCGACAGCGAGGGGAAACUACUGCCUGUCAACUUCCUGUCUCCAGCUCAGAUUGGAAAGGAGGAAGCGAUUCUCAAAGAAUGGUUAGACUGUUGCGUGACAGACGGUGGCCACCUAGUGGCCAAGAUGAAGAUUGCACGGCGCCCAGUCCUCGUACGACAAAUGGUCGAUGAGUGGUUGGACUUCUAUCGGCGCAUGGCGCAGAAUAUGCGCAGCAGCCCACCGCAUCCCGUGCAGGCUCUCGACAGCGACGGUGAAUCAGAUGAGGACUGAGGCGUAUCUAUUGACAAUCUCCGUUUAAGAAACUGGUCAAAAGACAAUGCUGUGUUGGGAAACAUCUGGUGGACAUCUGUUUGACAUCUGGCUGGUUCAGGAUCUGGGAUGUGUUAUACAAUAUGAAUAGAGUGGAUUAGAUGUAUCCUGAGUGUGAACCUGUUUUCUGAUUUUGGAAUGAGUUUCCCCGAUCUCCGCCGAAAAAAGGUCAUCAAACGUAAGUGCCAUUGUUCAAUGGAUUUAUGGUUGAAUUCGAUCAAACUACAGUAGAACCUCUCUAUUAAGGACACCCUCGGGACUGACAAGUGCUGUCCUCAAUAGAGAGGUGUCCUGAUUAGAGAGGUCAAGUUGAAUGGAAACAACCUAUUUUGGACCAAAACUAGUGUCCUUAAUUGAGAGGUUGUCCUUAAUAGAGAGGUGUCCGCUAAGGGAGGUUCCACUGUACAUUAUUUCUGAUCGGGAAGGGUAAACUUUAAACCCGAUUUUGUUGAAAAACUUUCUCCUCUCCCAAGGUGGACAAGAAAAGGCCAACUCGUCAACUUGGAAGGCCAGUCUGAUUCUUGGCAAGUUGGGAAACAGAGUCAAAGUGUGAUGUGUCUGAUCCAUUCUAAUACUAUCAGGUAUUAAUCACUGUUGAUAAACUAUGUCAUAUUUUCAAAUUAUAAUUCCCAGGGUUAUAAUUAUAUACGUGUAUAUUAUAAAUCUCUAUAUAUAUCGGUAUGUGUAUUGUGAAUAUACGAAUGUGUCUUGUGUGAAUGUUGGCUGCCAAACAAGUUCCACAUCGAGGUUGAAUAAACUCACUUCAGACAUGCGUACAGUGCCAUACAGACAGCAAGAAUAGUCCAAUGGUAUCAUUCUGUGUUAGGGUGGACAGGGGACGAGGUUGAGACUAGAGUUCGGGAGCAGUGGCCCACUGCCCUGCUAAAUCAACUCUGGACCCGUAUUGAAAGAAUUCAAAAUAGAGUAUAUUACUUCUCAGUAGUGAGUGGCCAUGAUAUUGGGAUAAAUAAAUGCCUAUGAUCUAGUGCUAGUUUGGUGCAGUAGCUCCGUGUGAUAGUGUGUACAGCUGGGGGUUUUAACUUGGAACCCAUGAUGGCCCAGUGUAUAAAGUUCUGUUGCAAAACAAAUACGACAAUAACUUUCAUCCGUGCGAAAAAGUGUUGCCAAUUUGUUUUGCUGCAAAGUUUCAUUUGGUCGUGUCUGAUUGUAUUGUAGAGAAGUUUUAUGAAUGUAAUUGGACCUGUGUCAGUAGAUCUUUGACUGAAAAUUUCAUUUCUCAGAUGUCUACAUGUUAUUCAUAUUCCUUUAUGAGGCAGCUCUAUAGUGCUCAUGAAAUAAUCACUCACAAUAUAUCUGUAGUAUUGGAGUAUGAAAUGUGAAAGCAGCUGUCAGUUGAAUUCUGUACCCCACGACUGAAGUGUGGCCAUCAAUUUUGGGUGAAAUCUGGACGAACAGUUUCUCUCUGCUGUUGAGUGUCUGAUGUUAAAGGGGAUUUCGCACAACCAGCAUCUCGGCUGUCUUUUUACAUUUUCUCGGGUGGUGAAGAUGAACCUUGUCAUUUCCUGUUUAUAAGUCUGGUGAAGAUCAGUAAGCUGGCCUGAUGAACAUGUGGGCAAUAGGGCCUGUGAUGGUUCCUAUCAGCACCUCACUUGAUGAUGCAUCAGUUGCUCUGAUACCGACUGAUGCGGGAGCAUUGUAUUGCUUGUACAACGUUCACUUUAAGACAAAUGUGUCGUAUGCCUGUUGUACCCUUCACUAUGAGGAGCAGCUCUAUAUGAGGAAGACUUUAAAAUGUUAUUUUCGUAAGGCUUGAUUCUUCAACAGAGGGCGAAUGCUGCUGUACAUGGCAAUCAAAAUAUACCAAACUCAAGCGGCAAAUCAUCGCUUCUUUUACUAAAUCACUCUGGUGGAGUUUAUAAUUGUUGAAGAAAACGUCAGUUUGAGAUAAAUAAGUUUGUCUGUCCUAUAAUGAUAGAAGCCUCAGUUGUUGACUUUAUACAGUUGUUUUAAAUAUAAACUUCUCAAUCAUUAGUCAGGUGUAGUAGGCCUCGAGGCAAACGCAGACUGAUUGGCUGGCGAUAGCUUGAUCAGGCUACGAUUUCUCUGUCAAGGAUGGGUCUUUGCCCGACUGAUCACAACAUGUAUGAAAUGUACAAAGAUACUGAAUGGGAUGAAUGUAUUGGUAUGUCACCUGUCCAGUUACAGGUCGGUUAUGAAAUAGAUAGAAGGGAAGUAAUAUUUGUGGGAACAAUUUUAGAUAUGAAAUAGAAGGCCUACGGUAUGCCUGUUUAGAAAUUAUGGUGUGAUACAAAUGUUGAUUUUCAGAUAAUUCUAUUUUGGGUUUCUUAUUGCAAAACAGUGAAGUGCUAGAGUGGUGUGAUUUUCACCACGAAAACAUUUUAUUUCAAUGUGCAAAUCUAGUCAGAACAAUUUCAAAUAAUUUGGGGUGUUUCGUAAAUAUGUCUUAUUUUGACAAUUCCCUCCUGGGGCUUAUCAAUGGAUUACUGGUAUUUUUCUCUAGAUUUUGAUAUGUAUGACGAAUGGUAUGUGAUGUUGUGAUGUCACGAGCACGGAUCCCAGACGUUGGAGAGGGCGGGGGCGGGGGCAUAAUGUCAAAUACAGUGUUGUUCUUUUACUGAAAAAAACUGUUUGAAAACUUCAUCUCUCUGGAUCUGUGUCUUGAUGAUUUUAGCCCCUCGGAAAUAUGCUGGGGACAACCGGUUCAAUGUCCUGUUAGAUCCCUUACAGUAGGCUUGCCGGAAUGCAUUCUCUAAGCCCUUCUUAUAAGAUCUCUAAGUAUUUCUGGGGUAGGCCUAUAUAGAACUGGGCAUUUUUACUGAAUGAAGGUAGCAUUGUUAUGUAAACUAUGAAUGGUGAUAUCAAUACCAAACGCGCAACCUUUUAUUGUUCAUCAUAUAAUUGACAUUUUGUGUGCUGUUGUACCUUGUGGAUUUAGAACAUAAUUUUGUCUCAAAAAGCUACUUAGCAAGGAGGUAGAAUGCAGGCCUUUCGAUUACAUCAUUUUCACACCGCUAUACGGUGUAGGAAAUUUGGCAUGUCCCCAAAUUAGGCCCUGA